CAGACGAAGAAACUCUGCCUUCUGAUUGACCGGCUCACAAUGAAGCCGGUGUUCAUCCUUCUUGUUUCCACUGCCUGGACUUUAAUUGGAGCCCAGUAUUACUACCAGGGUCUGAUGGAUUAUCUGGAGAACAGAUUGCUGGCCAUUGAGGACCGCAUGCAGUUGUGGCACGAACAAUUCCAUCAGCACCACACAGAGAUGCUGGAUUUCAAAAAGCUGACCGCCGAGGCCAUGAACGGAUUAAGAAGUGAGCACAGCAUGAUAUUCAAAGACCUGGACGGGGCCUCGGUUCGAGUGGACCGGGUGGAGCGAGAGAUGGACUAUGUGGAGACACACACUGCCCCCCGGGCCUGUGUGAACAGGGUGGACAAGGUAGUGGAGCAGGAGGCCUGGGGACUGAUGGAGAGACAGGAAGAAGAAGAAGAGGACAACUGGGAGGAGCUACACUCCAGAGUCUCUGACUGUGCGGAGAUCAUAUCUAGCAUCAGAUCAGUGAAGAUCUUGAAGAGAGUGGGCAGCUCCAAAGGCAUGUGGACCAGAGAUCCGCGGUCAUCCAAGGUGUACGUCUUCAACGGCACAUCGGGAGACAGUUUUUACCAGUUCGACUCCGUACGUGACUUUUCCCGCUCUGUGGGAGUUUUAGACAGCAGGAACAUUGAGCUUCCAUCAGAAUGGAAUGGUCUUGGGAGCGCCGUGUACAACGGUUAUCUGUACUACAUCAAGAAGGGGGCCGAUACAGAUGUGCAAGUGGUCAAAUACGAUCUGCUGGCGGGCUCCGUGACAGAAACGGCCAUGUUCCCCGUGGAGAACUACGCGAGCCUUUACGGUCUCAAUCCGGAAACCGUGGCCGACCUCGCGGCGGACGACGAGGGUCUGUGGCUCCUCUACACCCCCAGCGACAGCGAGCCCAACAUCAGCCUGGCCAAGAUGGACGCCGCCACGCUGGACAUAGAGCAGAUCUGGGACACCCGGUGCCCGCGGGAGAACGCGGAGGCGGCCUUCGUCGUGUGCGGGACCCUUUACGUGGUGUACAACACACGCCUGGCCAGCCGCUCCCGCAUCCAGUGCGUGUUCGACGUGAACGACGCGGUGCUCGGCGAGGAGGCGCCUCUGCUGUACUUCCCCCGGAGGUACGGCGCCCACGCCAGUCUGAAGUACAACCCCGAGGAGAGACAGCUUUACGGCUGGGACGAUGGCUACCAAAUCAUUUACAGGCUGACCAUGAAGAGGAAACUCUUGGUCUGA